AUCAAACCAUCGUCAUACAAUUUCUGCACUAGCAGUAAUUGUUUGCCCUGAAAUUCUAUAUCUAUUCGGAAGAAAAUCGUGGUCAUUUUUAUAAUGUCAUAAAAUAUUGAUGCAUUCUUUGAUGAUCCCAUUCUUUUGUUUUGAAUUCCCUAUAACAUUAUAUUGGCUUUCAUCCGGAAUAUGGAUUUUAGUAAUAACGGUAUUGUUGCUCCUCACCGUAAGCGAGGAACUCAUAAAAUAAGCAGAAGGAAGAUAAGAAACAAAAAUGUGGUUAUGCCUGAAGGGAAACUUACUAUUGCAGUAAAGCCGCCUCUUUUUGAGAAUUUCAAAAGCGAUGAUGAAAUGCUACAAGAAAUUGUUUUGACUGAUACCGAGCUUGACAACCACAAGGCCAAUAAUGAUAAAAGAUCCAAAAUAUUCAGGGAAUAUAUGCCUUAUCUCCCUGUUAAUUAUAGCAUACAUAACAUCAGGAAAGAAGAAAAAUCGCAAGCUGAAUUUACAGCAGAAGUCCGCACUGAUUUAUUUGCCUUACAACACAAUGCCAAAGUAAAAGAGAAUAUGAAGACACAUGUGAAAUUUGCAAUUGAUGAACACUAUAAGCGUUUCGGAUCCUUAAAGGAUAUAAUGAUACCCGCAUCUCGAUUGUCAAUGACACCUAUAUUAUCCAGUUCGAUCUUUCCAACCAUCAAAAGGUCCAAUACUUCUUGUAAUAUCGCAUCCCUGCUGAGAAAUGGUAACAGUAAUAGAGCAGACAAAGAGCUUCAUAAUAUCAAUGCAGUAGGAUUACAAACUCAAAAGUCUUCAGCAGCUGUUCCCCGGUCGAAUACAGCUUCAAAGCUACAUAUUGCUACUUCAGCCAUAUACGAUGAUGUGCUCGACAAUACCUCAAUAACGGAGACUAGUGGCGAUUCGGCAGGAAUGACUACGUGGUUUAACAGUGUAGUAAACCAUUGGACUCAUUAUAUAGCAGCAGGAGAUAAGAAGAAGGCUCUAACAAGAAACUUAAUAACAAUGGAUUACGAUACACGGAUCAACUUAGUGAAUAAUGAUAUUGAAGAGGAGGGAGAAGCAGCGGAUAACGUAGAGGAAUUCUUUUACGGUAGUGGCGAAGAAGAGAAAGGAGAGAAACUAGUCAAAGUGAGGCCAGAUGAGAAGUGGAAAAUAGCAAAAGGAAACAUACAACAACGGGAACCAUUAGAAUUCGCAGGUGUAGCUGUACCAGAUUACAUUACAAUAGCAAACGAUACUUCUCAGCCGAGAGUCUUACUACAUUGCAUCAUUCUACAGAUUACUACUACUGGAUCCAGCAAAGGUUACAAGUAUAGCUUAAAAUUCUCCGUAACAAACAAUCCUACUACAACACAAGUAGGCGUAAUGAAGAAUAUAGGGAAAGGAAUGAGUGCAGCGCAUCCUCGAAAAGUACUUACAUUGUAAAUACUCCUUUUGUUUUUGAUCUCGUAUAUUCUCUAAAAGAUUGCUGAGAUUUCAUAAACAUCUAUAGUGAGGUUCAAGACAGCUUCCAAUUUAUUUGUGACGCAACCCUAGACCCUUAUAAUUUGAAGGAUCUUUUAUGGGAUCGCUUCCGGCUUUUCAAGAAGGAUAACAAGACAAUAUUUGAUAAAGGAGAAGCAAAGAUAUCUGA